AUGGAAGACGAAGAACCACCUCAACUACUCGACGUGACUUCCUCAGAAGACGAAGCUGGUCCAUCAUCACCCAAAGAUUAUGAUAGGCCGAAAGUACCAAUCACCUUACUUACGGGCUAUCUGGGUGCUGGUAAAUCUACAUUGUUGAAUUAUAUCUUGAAAGAAGAACAUGGAUACAAGAUAGCUGUUUGUAUGAACGAUUUCGGCGAUACGACUGAUAUUGAAGCUAAAUCAUUAACCCUUUCCGACCCAAAUUCUCAAACUACCUCAACCGAGUUCCUGUCUCUUCCAAAUGGAUGUUUGUGCUGUUCAGUAAAAGAUAUGGGUAUAGCAGCUAUAGAAGAAAUGGUCAUCAAUGCUCCUGGAGGUAUUGAUUGGGUUAUUGUAGAGUUGACUGGCGUAGCUGAUCCAGGCCCUAUAGUUCGAUCAUUUUGGGCAAACGAGGAAAUGGGCGAUCUCAUUCUAGACGGUGUAGUGUGUGUAGUGGAUAGUCGUAACGUGCUCAAGCAACUAGCUGAGAAGAGAGAAGGAGAUGAAGUGAAUGAAUGUCAAAAACAAGUGGCAUGUGCAGAUGUCAUGUUAUUAAACAAACUAGAUUUAGUAUCCCAGCAUCAAUUAGAACAAGUUGAAUCGACUAUACGGACAAUCAAUCCUACUUUAAGAGUCCAUCAAACUGUUCAAUCCAAAAUGCCUUUGUCGGAUUUAUUCAAUCUACGCGCUUUCUCAGAUCCAACAGCUUUAAAUUCUCCUUCCCAGUCUUCUACUCCCAAUUCUCACGGUGAUAACCAUGACCAUGACCACGACCAUGAUCAUGAUCAUAGUCAUCCCAAAGGAGAGUGUGAAGAUUCAUCACAAUCACAUGAUCAUCAAUCAAGACAUUAUGAUGGUAUAACAACUUGUUCGAUACCACUACCAUUACUAAAUCAAAAACAAUAUUUCAGAUUGAACGAAUUUUUAGAAUCUAUUUUAUGGGAUCAGAGAUUUCCUACAACGAGAAAAGAUUCACCUGAAAUAUUAAGAACAAAAGGUUAUAUACCACUAGAAGAUGGAAGGGAAUACGUUUUACAAGGUGUAGCUGAUUUAUUUGAAUUAAAAGAAUUACCUGAAACCCUGCGAAAACAACAAGAAGAACAGGAACAGAAGGAAGCGAAUAAGCAAAGUGGUAAAGUCGUUUUCAUAGGUAAAGGUGUUAACGACGAUCUCAAGAACGCUUUAAUAGAGUUUGUGGGCAUAUAG